AUGCCUGGCAUGGGCGGCGACGGCCCAAAGUGCAACAUGAAUAUGCUGUUUACCUGGGACACGACCGACCUCUGCAUCGUCUUUCCCUCAUGGCACAUUUCAGGCACGGGAUCGCUCAUCUUCUCGCUGCUGGCCGUGGUGCUUCUCACGGCGGGAUACGAAGCCAUACGGGAAAUGUCGAGGCGAUAUGAAAGCUAUGCAAAGGGCCUUUUGGAGGGACCACGAGAUGAAUCGAGCUCAUUACUUGGCCCAGGGAGAAAUGGAAACGCUGGGCGUGGAAGCGGGCAGCAGGUCAAGAUGAUCAAGGCUGCCUUGUAUGCUGUGCAGGUGUUUUAUUCGUUUUUCAUCAUGCUGUUGUUCAUGACAUACAACGGGUGGAUCAUGCUUGCCGUGGCCGUGGGUGCGUUUGUGGGAUACAUCAUGUUCAGCGAGUCUUCGUCGACCAAGUCGGUUGCGUGUCACUGA